AUGGGACACAUGAAACGGGUUGCCGGCGACACGGCCGGGGGAGAGUUAGCGUAUUACCUGCCACACCACUGCGUCUUGAGGCCGGACAGCACCACUACGAAGCUCCGCGUGGUGUUUGAUGCUUCGUGUCGCACGUCUACCGGAGUUGCUCUGAACGAUGCGCUCAUGGUGGGACCAGUUGUGCAGGACGAUUUACUGGACAUUGCGCUACGCUUUCGACUCCACGCUGUUGCCAUCGUCGCUGACAUCGCCAAGAUGUACCGUAUGAUUCGCGUCCAGCCUGCCGACCAGAGACUGCAGAGGAUUGUUUGGAGAGACAAUGUGGACGAACCCAUCCGAAUCUACGAGCUGACCACUGUCACGUACGGAACGGCGUCUGCGCCGUAUUUAGCGACCAAGUGCUUGCAAAAACUCGGUGAGAUCGGAGAAAAGACGCACCCAUCCGCUGCCAAGGUCCUCAAACGUGACUUCUACGUUGACGACAUGUUGGCAGGUGCGCACACGGUCGCUGAAGGAAAAGAGCUAGUCGCCGAAAUGGUCGAUCUGAUGGAAUCUGGUGGAUUCUCGUUGCGAAAGUGGCAUUCAAACUCCCGAGACAUCCUGCUCGACGUCCCGGAACAUCUUCGCGACGAACGGACCCUGCUAGAACUGGACACGUCUGACGCAACCGUCAAGACGCUCGGGCUCGUUUGGGAGCCCAGUACGGACUGUUUCCGUUUCAGAUCGCCAAAGUGGAACGACGUUGCCGUGAUCACGAAGCGUGUCGUGGCCUCAGACAUGGCCAUGAUCUUCGACCCGUACGGGCUGAUCGGUCCUGUCGUCGUCCAAGCGAAAAUCUUCGUGCAGAAGCUGUGGCGCAUGGAACUAGACUGGGACGCCGCUCUGCCAGAAGAUCUGCAGGAGUACUGGCGAGAAUACCGCAGAAAUCUAGCCGGUCUAGACAGCAUGUCGAUACCCCGCUGGAUUGGCACAGGCGCAGAUGACCAGAAUGUGCAGCUUCACGGGUUCUGCGACGCUUCAGUCAACGCUUACGGUGCGUGCAUCUACAUCCGAACCGUUUCAGCCAACGGCGACGUCACCGUCCGCUUGCUGGCCUCCAAAUCCCGCAUCGCACCGCUCGAGAACCUGAAGAAGAAGAAGCGUAAGCAGUCGAUUCCCCGCCUGGAGCUGGCGUCCGCUCUGCUGCUGGCGCAUCUGUACGAGAAGGUGGCCAACGCCAUCAACUUCCGAGGCAAAGCGUUCUUCUGGACGGAUUCCAUGAUCGUACGCUGCUGGCUUGCGUCACUGCCGUCCAGAUGGAACCAGUUCGUGGCCAACCGUGUGUCCGAGAUUCAACACCUGACAGAGAGCGGAUCUUGGGACCAUGUGCCCGGAAUAGAGAACCCAGCGGACAUCAUUUCUCGCGGCAUGACACCGAUGCAGCUGCACACUGACCGCACGCUCAAGUGCCGAACGCAGCAGACUUCGACCACGAAGAACUGGAGGAACACAACGCUGUCGCUGCAGUUGCACAUGACGCCGAGCCCUGCAGACUGUUUACAGCGAAAACGUGAACCACACUACUCCCGCAUUGCUGCGCUGAACCCAAGAAUCGUCGAUGGAAUCCUGUGCGUCGGCGGCCGGUUGCAUCACGCCGCAGUCUCGGACAGCCGGAAGCAUCCGUACAUCCUCGACCAUCGUCAUCCGUUCACGAAGCUUAUCGUCACACACUAUCACGAGACCAUGUUUCACGCUGGACAACAACUGUUGAUCUCUGCUGUGCGUGAACGGUUCUGGCCGAUCAACAUCCGCAACCUCGUUCGCGAGUUGAUCCACAAGUGUGUCGAUUGCUUCCGUGUCAAGCCGAAGGUUCUGGACCAGCUCAUGGCGGAUCUGCCGCCCGAACGAGUCACUCCGUGCACACCGUUCGCACGAGUCGGAGUUGACUACUGCGGACCUUUUCAGGUCGCGUACCCGCAGCGCCGAGCUCGCCCAGUGAAGUGCUUCGUUGCCAUCUUCGUCUGUUUUGUCAACAAGGCCGUUCACCUAGAACUAGCAGCAGACCUAACGACGCAGGCAUUUCUGGCGGCCCUCAAACGGUUUACUGCCCGGCGUUGCAAACCGAAGCUGGUCAUGUGCGACAACGCCAAGAACUUCGUCGGCGCAAGACGUGAGUUGAACGAACUCGCCAAGCUGUUCCUAAGUCAGCAGUUCGAAGAGGAGAUCAUCCGCGAAACAGCGAACGACAGCAUCGAAUUCAAGUUCAUUUCCGCUCGCUCGCCGAACUUCGGCGGCCUCUGGGAGUCCGCGGUGAAGAGCUUCAAGUUGCUGUUCAAACGCACGAUCGGACUGCACACCCUGCUGUACGAUGAGUUCCAGACUGUGCUGGUCCAGAUUGAAGCGAUCCUCAACUCGCGACCGCUCACGCCGCUCAGCAACGACCCCACAGACUUUGAAGCGCUGACCCCAGGACACUUCCUGAUCCAACGUCCACUCACUGCGAUUCCUGAGCCAAACCUCGACCACAUUCCCGAGAACAGAUUGUCGGCCUGGCAAACUGUCCAGCGGUACACGCAACAGCUCUGGAAGAAGUGGUCCAACCUCUACCUGUCGGACCUGCACAAUCGCACGAAGUGGACAAAGCAAAAGGACAACGUUGCUGUCGGAACCAUGGUCCUGCUGAAGGACGAAAACCUCCCGCCGCUAAAGUGGCAGCUCGGACGCGUUUCCGAUAUCCACCCGGGAGCUGACGGCAACAUCCGUGUCGUCACGGUGUGCAGGACGGUAGCUAUCAGCGUGCGAUCUCUAAGAUCUGCAUUCUGCCGAUCCGUGACAACCUUUCUAUCGCGCAAGGGGAGAACUAGGACUCCUCCAACGGCGGAGGUCGAAAGGCCUCCGCACACCAGUUAA